AUUUUUGCUGAGUUGCAUUCUAAGGAACAUUGAUAUAUCCACAUUUUAGUGCUUAAAUCUGGUAUAACAGACUCGGCAAUGAAUUUUGCGUCGCCCAAGGUAUUCUUGUACGCAGAGCCUGAGUUUGAGGUGGUUUCAGAGGAGGAGUACGACCAUGGGAUGAGCGUCAGUGAUUCCAGCAGUGAUGAGGAAGAAAAUGAAGAGCUUUUACAUAGAGGAGGUUCGCCCUCUUCUUCUUCCCCGUCAGGAUCGGGUCCCUCCUCAACCCCUCCUCCUCCCCCAGCACCAUCUCCUCCCCAACCCCCUAAGGCUCAAAGACCUGGAUUAUUUGCAGGUCUUUUUGGGGCAAGGUCUACAAAAUCAACACCCCCUGCUGCUGAAAAAACAAAGAAACUUAAAGCAAGAGCAAAGAAAGUUGGAAAAUGGAGAGAAACUCAUAAAUGUUAUGCUACAGACAAACAAGAAGGUGCACAGCAAGGAAAACGUCAUCGACGUGCAGACACGAACAUAAUCUCCAUCGAUUUUAAGAAGAUCAUCGCCCCUAGUAACAUGCACACCGGUGACCCUGUCCAUUGCACUUCCUGUGAUGUCAUUCUGUCAAGUCUGAGCAAAAUUACCUCCAGGGAAGACAAAAAGAUCUGGAACUGUGAGUUUUGUGGCACGGAGAAUGAGUUAGAUAUAGAGGAGGAAGAAAUCCCAGGUACUAAUGACGUGACCUUUAUGUUAGAGCCUGCCCCGUCUACUGCUUCCAGCAGUCUCUCUGGUAAAGAUGAGUCACUGGUUAUUUUCUGUGUGGACAUCUCUGGAAGCAUGUGUGUCACAUCUACGGUUCCAGGUAGAAUCAAUCUUCGUGGAUCUGUAGCCCGACUCCAGUCUCUCAAUACAGACAGGUCUGACCAGCACCUGCCUAACGAGCGACGUAACGUGACGUACGUGUCACGACUCCAGGCUGUCCAGGCAGCUGUUGACCAUCAACUGGAGGAAAUGCUGAAACAACACCCCAACAGAAGAGUGGCUCUUAUCACCUUCAACAAUGAGGUGACAAUUGUUGGAGAUGGAAGUGAGACACCUGUCACAGUGGCUGGGGACAAGCUGACCAAACCUGAUGACCUAAAAGAGAAAGGAUCAGAGAUCAAAAUGCCAGGGGCCAUUAAGGGCUCCAGGGGCACUCUAGGGGAUAAACUUUUUGGCCUGGAAGAGGGAGGAGCUACAGCUUUAGGCCCCGCCUUGCUGAUAGCAACAACAAUGGCAGGACAACACCCAGGUUCAAAAGUUAUCAUCUGUACUGAUGGUAAAGCCAAUGUAGGUCUAGGUCGACUAGAUGUUGACGGAGAGGAAAUGGAUAAUGAAGCCCAGUUUUAUGAAGGGAUUGGACAAGAGGCAGCUGACAAAGGGGUUGCUGUGUCAGUAAUCAGUAUCAAAGGUACUGAUUGUAAAAUGGUUCACCUGGGAAAGAUAGCUGACAUGACCGGGGGGCAGGUGAACAUAGUUGACCCAUUAAAAUUGACUCAGGAAUUUUCUACCAUUCUGGCUGACCAGAUCAUUGCUACAAAUGUGGUAGCCACCUGUCACCUCCACAAAAGACUAUUUUUCUAUUAUGAGGAAACGGAGGAGAGUAAGGUUGUGAGAAAUGUUGGAAACGUAACCGCUAGCACUGAGGUCACAUUUGAGUACGGGGUCCGCUGUCAGACCAACACACAUCAGGGAAAACCUCCAGCUAUCCCAGAAGAAUCAGGACAUGGGGAUGAAGCAAGUGGAGGUGAGAAGAAACCACAGACAGAAGGUCCUAGGCAAGAGGAAGCCAUGGAGACAAAUGAAGAUGAUUUAAAGGAGUUACCUUUCCAGCUGGUGGUCAAGUACACAGACACAGAGGGCGCUACUGCUCUCAGAGUGUUAACACAAAGUCGUCCAAUUACCUACGACAGAAGGGAAGCCGAGAAAAACAUGGAUUUAAAAGUGUUGGGAGCCCAUACAGCUCAGACAUCCUCUGCUCUGGCCCUGGGUGGUCAGUACACAGAGUCCAGGGGUAGAGCGCUGAUGAACCAAAGACUAGCAUGGAGGUUUACAAAUGUCUCAGAAGAAGGAAGACAUCAGAAGAAAGCCUACAAAAAGAUGUUUGGGAAAAUCAAAUCAAUGGAUCACUACAUCAAUGCUAGGCAGCAGGCAAAGAGAAAAGCUUUUGGAAGAACUUACAGUGAUGAGGAAGAUUCUGAUGAUGAGUUUGACAUGGCUAAAACUCCAGAGACCAGAACACGCUCUGAACCAGCGGCAGCAAAAUCAAAAGCUGGAUUCUUUAGCAAAUCACACAAACUGAAGAAGAGGUCCGAGGCUUGCUCUGAUAUUGGAGCUAAUAUGAUGUUUAAAAUGAAAAAGGGGAGCAGGUAUUUGGAUGCAGAUAGUGAUGAAGACGAUUAGGAGACAUGUUUAAUGUAGGGAAAUGUAAAUGUAUGUCGAUCUGAGCUGGAUUGUAUACCACCCAUCACCAACAAUUCUAAUGAUUAGGACACACGUUUAAUGUAGGGAAAUGUAAAUGUAUGUCAUUUUGAGCUAGAUUGUAUACGAUCCAGUUACCCAGAAUUCCACUGAGUUUUAUUAUUAGUACAUGUGUUUAUGUCUGUUAUAUUUAUUAUUUAAUGUCUCUGUGAUAUAUUUACAGUUAUUUUGUAUAAAACUGUAAUACUUCUGUUUUAGGUACCUUUGUUAGUAAAGCAGUACGCAUGAAAAAAAUACUGUUUGAACUUGUUUAACUACAUGUAUGUAGAAAUUGCAUUGGAAUAAUGCACAUUCUUCAAAAUGCAUUUGACAUGUAUAAUAUAAUAGUUGUACUUUCUAUUCUGUUUUACUAUGGUUGAAAAUAAAUUUGAUAUUCAUUU